UUUGUCCUGCUCGACGUUCACUGUCGCAAGCCACAGGGUCAACUGUCAAAAAUGUGGUUGUGCUCCUUUUCAACGGGCCGACGUCUGUUUCUUUCGAAACUGACACAUCCAUGCGUUCUUUUGCAGAGCCAUUGUUUUUCACCCCUCGCAUGCAGAGGUCUUGGAUCAAUUCUGAACCUCACCAGACACAUAUUUCCAGGUGAACGGUAACUUAUGCGGUUCCGAGGGAUCGGGCUCAUUUCCACGAGGUCAGCCUUUCAGCACAUACAGAUUCUAGCCUCACUGAGAAUGCUCCGCGUUUACAGGAGAGACUUCCCAUUCUGGAAGCUAUCUACUUCUCAUCUCUGCGCCAUCUGGUCGGCUCCUGUCAGCCUCAUGGACACCCAUGCACGCCGCGACCGCUCGCUUGUUGACCAGCACGAGCAUGUCACACGCUGACAGCAAAACCGACCAGCCAGCUUUGAAACCUCCAAUCUCGAACUCCCUCCGAAAGCAUCUGGGCUGGCCUGACUUAUGUGAUGUGAACGACUCACUCCUGACCUUCAAUGUUCGUGGCGGCGGUUCAGAGUCUCAACAAGUAUAUCUGCAUCCCUCCUCCCCUUCGACUCGUUGUUCUAUUUCUCUUUCCAUCCUCAACCACAAGUCCAAGUCACUCGUUUAUCCCGCUCUUACCAAGUCUAGCCCAAGCCACUCUUUCAUACCUUCAUUUAUCACGCAUUCCCAAGAUGCAAUUCUUCAGCACUGCUCUCGCCUUCUCAGCCCUAUCGGCUCUGGCCGUCGCCAUUCCUACUCCUUCCUCAUCAUCCUCCAAGUCCACCUCCUCUGGCACCACAUGCCCACCAGCCCUAUGGGGAUACGACCCUGUCUCACGGCCGGCUCGGCCUCAUACCUCGUCAGCGGCUUCGCCUCCCUGUUGACCGCGCCCUCCGUCAAGGCCUCCGCAAAUAGUCUAUUGGCACCCAGCUUCACCGACACAUCCGACUCGAUCAACUUCCCCGCCGGAUAUCCACUAGGCAACACGACCUUCCCAUCCAAGACGGCAUUCGAAGAGGGCCAAGGCAAUGAACCUGCCAUAGGUUUCAAGGUUCUCAACAUCGACGCCGUGACCUGCAACGUCAUUGCUUUCCGUUGGGAAGCCAUUCUCGGAUCUGCCGCUCCGCUCAAAGGUAUCGACAUCUUCUGCGCUGCCAACAAUGGCGGUGACUGGCAGAUUACCAGCGUCUUCUCCGAGUUCAACUCGGGAAUCUGGUUGGAGGAGGUUGGUGGGUCUUGCACGGCGCCGACCACAAAGAAACAGUAGUGUCGUAUAGGCCAUGGCCCUGCAAGACACAAAAUGGUUCAAGUACGCUAUGCGAAUUCAAAGGGAGGUAUCCUGUGAGAGCGUGAAGGAGCAACGCGUGAAAGCCAUGCCAGGCACUCACAUGUUUGAAUAGAGUGUCGUAAUUACUUCGAUAGAUUUCUAAUACCAAUUGAUUGGGAUCCUGAA